CCGAGGCCGGUCUUGUUUCGCCGGUCAGAAACUCUCAUGCUUCAUUUUUCACAGGACGAAAGAUUUCGUUUUCUGCAGAAGGGCCAUUGUUGUACCAUUAGUCUUAACAGAGAAGCAGCAGGACCGUCAUCACCAUGGAACCAAGUCAUGAAGGAACUCAUGCCGCCACUAACGCCGACCUCGUCUCGAUGUUCGUCUUUGACCAGGCCCAUAUCGCCAAAAAGACGAUGAAGCCGCUCACCAACGCUAUACAGAAACGUGCAGGCGGAGCUAGAAAGAUCCUACUAACCGGCACGCCGACACACAACACCGAGACUGAAAUGGCCCACCUUUUUCACCUGGCCGAACGCCGACAGUGUCUUUGUGUCAGUGAAGGAACCUUACUGCCUUGCUGCAUUCUCUCGAAACACCGGAUCAGAUCGAGACCAGUGUCCAUCUGAGAGAAUACCUACGCGUCGUGACAUUGAAUCAUGAUGUCGUUUUGGCAAGAGAACUCUUUGCCUAUGAGGAUGGCAACGUCGAUGCCGACACUACGACGGAGUCCACAAGGCGCGUCUGGUAAUUCCCGUCCACUCGGGAAACAAACCACUGGGUGAUAGCGACCUAUUAACCACCCAGUCACAUUCUGCAGUAAUGGGACUCACACCUCGACCAGGCAUAUCGGCGUCGCAGGUUGUCCUCGAAUACGACCAAGGCUUAUUUAACAAAUAAGAGGCACGGAACAUAACAUAUUUCGCAAGGAGGCAGGAGUCGAGAGCCACCCUGAUCCGUAAUUACCGUUCUUCGGCAAAUAUGUAUAUAUAUAUAUGGCUAAUCU